UCUGAAUGAGUACAUCUCCAAAAACAUAUUAAAAAGUUCAAAGAGAUCAAUGAGAAAACACAAUUCCACUUGAUCAGCUCGCCUUUCACUGGAACACAGUGAGCCGCACUGCGAUGCAUGGGAGCAACGAGUCCACGAACAGUGUGAGGGGAGAGAGUCCCGGAGCAGAGUGAGGAAAGAGUGUCCCGGAGCAGAGUGAGGGGAGAGAGUCCCGGAGCAGAGUGAGGGGAGUGAGUUCCGGAGCAGUGUGAGGGCAUUGAGUUCCAGACUGAGCCUGAUUUCCAGGAGAGAGUCCUGGAACCUACCUUGGAGCAGCUGAGUGCCGUGUCAAAUAUCGAUCCACGAACUCCGCUGGCCCCAUACCUGCACUUCAUGCUUCUCCUUCAUGGAACAAAGACCAUGUGUUUUGAAAGCGCCUGUGGAAGCUGUACAGUGGUGCUUGAAUAUGAUGACCCAUUGAAACCAGGAAAGAGGAUUGCCAUAUCAGUGAAUUCAUGUUUAUACCCAGUUGGUGCUCUCCUGUCAUUGAAGAACCAUCAAAUUCUAACAAUAGAGGCACUGGGGUCUUUGAAGAAAGGUUUACAUCCCAUACAAAAGCGACUGGCUGAUUACAAUGGAAGUCAAUGUGGAUUCUGCAGCCCAGGUUUUGUCAUGCAGAUGUUUGGGCUUUUGAAGAACAAUCCAACUCCCAGUGUCCAAGAAGUGGAGGAUAACUUUGAUGGAAAUGUCUGCAGAUGUACAGGUUAUCGGCCUAUUUUAGAUGCUAUGAAGAGCUUUGCAAAAGAUUCAGAUGCAAGACUGAAAGGAUCUCUCAUUGACAUAGAGGAUUUGACGAUAUGUCCAAAGACAAAGCAACCUUGUGGUCAAAACAGUUGCACUGGUCCAGCAGAGGGCUCCGACAUCUUGCUGUAUGACGAUUUUGGAAUAAAAUGGUAUCAACCUGAAUCACUCCAUCAGCUGUACAAUAUAAUGCAGGAGCACAUCAGAAAAUACAUCAAGCUUGUCAAUGGAGACACUACUAAAGGUAUCUACAAGGGAAGUCAAUAUUUUAAAAUCCUUAUUGAUGUGAAAGGAAUCCCUGAUCUUUACAAGGUCACUAUGGGACCUACUGGCUUAAAGGUGUCUUCCAAUGUUACCCUGAGUUCACUCAUUGACUACCUGAAAGAGUACUCUGACCAAUCACCAAGCUACAAUAUGAUAGCUUCUCACUUACUGAAGAUUGGAAAUGUGCAAGUGCGAAAUAUUGCAGGUUGGGCUGGAAAUUUGAUGAUGAAGUGGUACCACCGUGAGUUUCACUCUGAGGUAUUUGUGAUCUUUGAAGCAGCUGGUGCAAAGUUGACGAUUGGAUAUAAAGGUGGAAAGAAAACCUGUACACCACUGCAGUUCCUUGGUGUCAAUAUGAAAGGAAAGGUUCUUUUGGAUGUGGAAAUUCCAAAGCUGAAAGAGAAUGAAAUGAUGAACUGCUAUAAAGCUAGGUGCCAAACACAGAAUUCCCAAGCUUAUGUGUGUGCUGCGUUUCGGGUGCAAUUGAAAACUUCGUCUGGUAUUAAGUCAGUGGAAUCUAUCUCAAUGGUAUACGGUGGAAUCAGUAAGAAUUUCAUUCACGCUUCUAACACGGAAAAAUACCUCCAAGGCAAGGACAUCACUUCCGAUGAGACUUUGCAAGAUGCCUUGGCAAUACUUGCAAAGGAGAUAAUUCCUGAUGACAGUAAUCCACUAGUUGCAAGAGCAGAAUACAGACAAUCUCUGGCACUUGGGCUUUUCUAUAAGUUUUUCCUAUUUUUGCUGGAUGAAGGAUAUGUUACACCCUGCAAUCGGAGUGCCAUAUAUUCUUUGAAUCGUCCUGUAUCCUCAGGAAAACAAACGUUCAGCAGCAAACCAGAAAACUAUCCUUUGACAGAGCCUAUGACAAAAUUAGGGGCCUACAACCAGACCACCGGUGAACUACUUUACGUCAAUGACAUAUACCCUCAACAAAAUGAGUUAUUUUCAGUAUUUUGUCUGAGCAAAGUGGGAAAUGCAACAAUCAGUCACAUUGACACUUCAGUGGCUGAGAAAUGGAUUGGCGCUGUCAAGGUAAUCUUAGCAAAGGACAUACCUGGAUCCAAUACAUUUAUGCCUCCACCCUUUGAGGUUGAAGAGAUUUUAAGCAGUGGUCCUGUUCUGUAUGCUGGGCAGCCAAUCGCAUUAUGCGUUGCAGUUUCACAGCAUUUUGCUCUGGAGAUGAUAGAAGAAAUAAAGGUCACCUACAAAGAUGAAAAACCACCAAUAGUGACCCUGGAGGACGCUAUUGAGCAAAAGUCCUUUCAUCCAUUAUCAGGAAAGGAAUUAGUUGUUGGAGACCCUGAAGGUAUUAUUUCAGAAUCUCUUCACCAAAUUGAAGGGGAAGUUAGAGCAGGUGAACAGUAUCAUUUCCACAUGGAAACACAGAUUUGUCGGUGCACGCCUACUGAUGAUGGUUUGGAUGUCCAGGCAUCUUGCCAAUGGUUGGACUUAGCACAACAAGCUAUUGCCGGUGCAUGUGGAAUACCUGCCAAAGAUGUUAAUGUCAAAGCGAAUCACAUGGGUGGAGGUUUUGGAGCUAAAGUUACACGAGCCAACUUAGUGGCUUGUGGUGCAGCGUUGGCAGCACAUUUACUUAACAGACCUGCUCAGUGCCUAAUGGAUCUCACCGCCAAUAUGAAAGCAAUUGGCAAACGCCAUGGCUAUAUUUUCAAGUACAAGGUGGGGUUUAACGAUAAUGGCACCCUAAACGGGGUUAUCAUUACUUACUAUUGUGAUAAUGGAAGCAGCGCGAAUGACGAUGAAGUAACAGCAUUCUUUGCAUAUUCCGAUAAUGCAUACAAGUGUAACAACUGGAAGCUGGUCCCUGUCGCACUGAAGACGAACCGUGCAGCUCACACAUGGUGCAGAUCUCCAGGUUCAUUACCCAAUAUAUUUGUCAUUGAGACAAUUCUUGAACAUGUGGCCAAAUUUCUGAACUUGGAUCCAAUCGCUGUAAAGCAGAGGAACUUGUAUUUUCAAGGAGACAUCACACCACUGGGCUUCAACCUGCCCUACUGCAGCAUCCGGGAUCUUUACUCAACUCAGUUACAAGAAGUGAAUGUGGUUGAGCGCCUGCAAGCAAUUAACAAAUUCAAUGCAGACAACAGAUGGAAGAAAAAAGGACUGGCAGUGGUUCCCCUCAAAUUUUCCAUGAACUGGACUAAAGGCUUUUACUUGUGCACUGUUUCAAUAUUUGGCAGUGAUGGUUCAGUUAUGAUAACACAUGGUGGAGUUGAAGUUGGUCAAGGCAUUAACACUAAGGUUGCUCAAGUGUGUGCCUAUGCGUUAGAAAUUCCAGUUGAUUUGAUCUCCGUAAAAUCAACCACAACAAUUAGCAGUCCAAACUCUGGUACAACUGGCCGCAGCAUCACCAGUGAACUUAACUGCCUGGGUGUAAAAAAUUGUUGUGAGAUAUUGAAGAAGAGAAUGGACCCAGUGAAGGAUACUCUUCCACCAGGUACCCCUUGGAAGGAUUUGGUGGCUGCCUGUUUUAAAGUCAAAGUGAAUUUGACUGCACAAUAUUGGGUGUCUUGUGAGCCAAGCCACAUCGGUGUCCCUCAAUAUCAUUCAUAUGGAGUGACUGUGGCAGAGGCUGAACUUGACGUCCUGACUGGCGAGAACCAGAUUAAUCAAGUGGACAUGCUCUUUGACUGCGGUGAAAGCUUGAACCCUAUCAUUGAUAUUGGACAAGUUGAGGGUUCUUUUGUCAUGGGUAUGGGAUAUUGGCUGAUGGAGAAGAUGAUCUAUGACCCCAAGACUGGGGAGGUACUGAAUGCAGGGACAUUGCAUUACAAACCACCAUUCAGCAAGAGCAUACCGAUUAAUUUCAACAUUGAACUUUUAAAGAAUGCUCCCAACCCAUUGGGUGUUCUUCGUUCCAAAGCCUCUGGUGAACCUCCCCUGUGUAUGUCCUGUGCCACGUUAUUUGCAGUAAAGCACGCGAUUGAGGCAGCACGUCAAGAUGUUGGGAAGGAUACCUACUUUCCAUUAAGUGGACCAGCAACAGUCGAUGAAAUCCAAACUACGUGCCUCGUGGACUACAAAAACUUUUCAAUCUGAAAACCCAUUACCAAUUUAUACAACCAUAUCAAACAAAGCCAAUCAUUUUGAAUUUUUUGUGUGUGUUUUAUGGUAUUGGAUAAUGCCUUACAAUAUCAACUAUAUAUCCAUCCUGCUUAGUGCUUUACAGUUUAUCCUAUGCUAAUUGAUUGCUUGAGUCAAAUUCUAACCUGCAUGAUGAACAUAAUAAGGAUUAGUUUGCCAUUUGAGUUUCUGCAGAUCUACUUAGCUGAUUGGGAGAAUCUGGAAAUAUUUUAAAAAUUAUUUCUUUCUUUGCAUAUUAUCAUAGUCUGCAGGCUAGAAACCAUAGAAAUAUUAAAAGAAAACAUAGCUUGCACUAGGUUAGAAUUAAGCCCAUUAGAAAUAAGAACAGAAGUAUGUCAUUCCCACCACUCCACUCCUCCCCCCACCCCGCCAGCCCGCUCCACCAUUCCAUGGAAUCAUGGCUGAUCUAACAUUCCUCACAUCCAUAUUCCUGCAUUUUUCCUGUAACCUUUGAUUCCUUGAUGGAUCAAGAAUCUAUCUAUCUCGGCCUUAAAUGUGCACCAGAACUCUGCCUCCAUAGCUCUCUGUAGCAAAGAGUUCUAAAGACUCACAACCCUCUGAGAAAAAAAAUUCUUCCUCGCUUCAGUCUUAGAUUCAUGCUCCUUUAUUUUGUGACAAUGUUUCCUGAGACUGUGUGGGAUAAGAAAGAUGGGGCCUUGCACACAAACAUGUGUUUUCCCAGAUAAGUAUCAAUAAUCUUUCCUCUUAAGACAAUAUUGCGAGCUAGCAAAGCAAAUAAUAAAAGCCCCAUCAUUUGAACUCUUCAAGAAUCAGUUUACUUCAGUUUUUUUAAGUUUUCAUUAUUAGGAUGACCAUUUCAGCAGCUCAUGCCUGGUUUAGCUCGUGCUAUGCAGAUAAGUUUUGACAGAAAAUUAUGCCAGCACAACUGAAGCAAGUCUGGCAGCAACUGUGGAGAGAGAAACAGAUUAAUGUUUCAAGUCAAAUGACUUGUCUUUGGACCGUGGAAAGUUAUUGGACUCAAAACGUUCUCACUCCACAGAUGCUGCUGGACCUGAUGAGAUUCUCCAGCGCUUUCUGUUUUAUUUCAGGUUUCCAGUAUCCAUAGUAUUUUACUUUUAGAAUUGCGAGAUCAGUAGAAUCACAGAAGGAAUGUAUUUGCUGUUGACAUGAAUGCACUUAUGACUAGAGGCGAGCAGCAUUGUUCAGUGAAAUCUAUGUGCUCUCGGUGGUAACCUUACAAAGCCAAUUGGGGGUUGCCAUAAUAAGAAGGGAACAAAGAGCAGGCAGAGGAGCAAGAAACAAGACAAAAAAAGCUGAAACUCAUGAGAGGAGAAGUGCACUCUGUUGUCCAUGUUCAACAUUCAAGUAUGUAGUACAUAUUCUUCUGUAAGUUGAUGCCUGAAUUUAUAAUUGAUGUGUAAGUUUGGCCUGCCUUUCCUUUAAUAAAGCUAGUUCAUAACUGAA